AUGUCUCCUCGUGGCCAUGAAGCAAUAUUCGCGCAGUUGAUAUGUGUUCGGCAUCUCGUUCUCAUCAUCAUUGCCGCUGUAGACUUCGUCCCUUGUGAGAGUCUGUGUCUGGGGCAUCGCGAAAUUCGCUCGCGUAGGAGGUGCCAGGCUGCGAUCUCACGCCGCGCAAACGUGCAACGUGAUGUCAAUUGUCCUGGCGGACUGAUCGCGCCGUCACGCGCGCUCGCGCUCGAGCGCAUGUCCCGCGACCACGACACACCAAAGGACCUACACCUUCAGCCGUACCGCGACAUCACCACUGCCAUUUCCACAAGCGCAAGGCCACCGGGCUUCAAUCUCACAGACCCAGUCAGCAGGCUGCGAGUGGGCGAUACAAGGCAAGGCUCCAGGGCGACGUGA